AUGGCCUCUGCCUCUGUACAGCAACUUCUUGCUGCCUUGACAAUCUAUAUCUUAUACUACGACAAAGUAUACAAUAUACUAGUUGAUUGGAUAGCUGACCAACCAUUUAUCUACAAUACUCAUUUAUUAAUCGCUCGGGUGAGAUCUACACAGCGUAUAAAUAACGUCUAUUCAACAAAGAAAAAGCCUGUGACUUUUUCUCCUUAG